AUGGCUACUGUGAACACCAAGACCGGCCAGGCCGUUGACCGGUCUGUCCUCGACUCGCUGCUCCGUCGACGUCUCUUCUACACCCCAUCGUUCGAGAUCUACGGAGGCGUUUCCGGCCUCUACGACUAUGGCCCUCCCGGGUGCGCCGUGCUGAACAACAUGAUCGAGCUGUGGCGCAAGCAUUUUGUGCUGGAGGAGGACAUGCUCGAGGUCGAUUGCACCAUGCUCACGCCCGAGGAAAUCCUCAAGACCAGUGGUCACGUCGAAAAAUUCGCCGACUGGAUGUGCAAGGACCCCAAGACUGGCGAGAUCUUCCGCGCGGAUCAUCUGGUGGAGGAAGUGCUCGAGGCACGGCUCAAGGGCGAUAAGGAGGCCCGUGGUCAGACGGUCGUGGUGGACGAAGCGAAGGAGGCUAAGAAGAAGAAGAAGGUCAGCACCAAGGCUGUCAAGUUGCCUGAUGCUGUGGUCCAGGAAUACGAGGAGCUUCUCGCGCAGAUUGACAACUUCGAUGGUGCAGAGCUGGAGGGUAUCAUUGCCAAGCACGAUAUCAGAAACCCUACGACUGGAGGCAACCUCCUUCCUCCCGUGGCUUUCAACCUAAUGUUCCAGACUGCUAUUGGCCCCAGCAGUAACAUGCCUGGCUACCUGCGUCCAGAGACGGCCCAGGGUCAGUUCUUGAACUUCCAGAAGCUGCUAGACUUCAACCAAAAUUCCAUGCCGUUUGCCUCGGCCUCAGUUGGCAAAUCGUUCCGUAACGAGAUUUCCCCCCGUGCCGGUCUUUUGCGUGUACGUGAAUUCUUGAUGGCGGAGAUCGAGCACUACGUCGACCCCGAGGGUGGUAAGAAGCACAUUCGCUUCGAUGAGGUCAAGGACGUCGAGCUGUCCCUGCUUAAUCGUGAUGUCCAGUCUUCUGGUAAGACUGACAUCCAGAGGAUGACCGUCGGCAAGGCCGUAGAGACCGGUCUUGUGGACAACGAGACCCUCGGAUACUUCAUCGCACGUAUACAGCUCUUCCUUCUCAAGCUUGGUGUUGACCCCAGCAAGCUUAGAUUCCGUCAGCACAUGGCCAACGAAAUGGCCCACUACGCUUCCGACUGCUGGGAUGCUGAGUUGCAGACCAGCUAUGGCUGGAUCGAGUGUGUUGGCUGUGCCGACCGCAGCGCCUACGACUUGACUGUUCACAAGAACAAGACUGGUGCCCCCUUGGUCGUCCGUGAGCCGCGCGCCGAGCCCUUGAAGAUCGAAGAGUGGCAGGUCGACAUUGACAAGAAGAAGUUCGGUCCCCGUUUCAAGAAGGACGGUAAGACGGUCGAGGCGGCUAUCAACGCCCUUUCGCAGGACUUCCGGAAGAAGUUGUCGCUUGAACUCGAGCAAAAUGACAAGGUCGAGAUUGAUGUGGAGGGUGUUGCAUCCGGAAAGGUUGAGUUGGAGAAGGAUAUCAUCAAGAUCGAGAAGCGCACGCGGGUUGACAACACUCGCGAGUACACCCCUAACGUCAUUGAACCGUCGUUUGGUAUUGGGCGUAUCUUGUACAGUAUGAUUGAGCACGUCUACUGGUCUAGAGAAGGUGACGAGGCCCGUGGUGUUCUCUCCUUCCCCCCUCUGAUCGCACCCACCAAGGUCCUGAUCGUUCCUCUUUCGAGCAAUCAGUCGUUCACACCUCUCUCUCAGCGUCUGAUGACCAAGCUCCGGCGUAUGGGUAUCUCGAACCGGGUUGACGACUCAUCCGCCAGUAUCGGGAAGCGGUAUGCUCGUAACGACGAACUGGGUACUCCCUUCGGUAUCACCGUCGAUUUUCAGUCCAUAAAGGACAACACCUUUACUCUGCGUGACCGUGACUCGACGAAACAGGUCCGUGCCAGCGAGGACGAGAUCGUGCAGGCUCUCAAGUCGUUGGUGGACGGUGAUGAGACAUGGGAGGACAUCCGGCAGCGCCUGCCCGAGUUCACUGGCCAGGACGUUGAGUAA